AUGACCAUGGUGUUUGCAGUGGAGGAAAUAAACCGUAAUUCAAGCCUGUUACCAGGUGUUAAACUUGGCUAUAGAAUUAUGGACAGCUGUGAUCAUGUCCACACCAGCCUGAGAGCUCUUUUGUCUUUAGUCAGUCCCCCCAAAGCUGUGAUGAGUGAGGAAAAUGUAACAGGGGAGAUAUUAGAUAGCAGUACAAAAUCCCAAGCUUUACCCUCAUGUCUGUCUGAUUCUUCUGUGUCGGCUGUGAUCGGCCUUGCAUCCUCUUCCCCUACAAGAGCUGUAGCUCACACCCUUGGCCCUUUCAACCUUCCACUGGUGAGUUAUUUUGCCACUUGUAGCUGUCUCACUGACAAGUAUAUGUACCCGUCAUUCUUGCGGACUGUGCCGAGUGAUCUCUUUCAAGUUAGAGGUCUUGUUCAGCUGGUCACCUUCUUAGGCUGGCUCUGGGUUGGCACAAUAGGGACUACGGAUGACUACAGUCACUAUGGAAUCCAAGAAUUUUCCAACCAGUUUAAACAACACGGUGGGUGUGUAGCAUUUCAUUUGACCAUCCCAAAAUCACCAACACCAGCUGAUAUACAAGAAAUGGCAGACAGGCUACAGAGUUCAACUGCAGUGGUGGUGGUGGUCUUUGCCACGGAGGGACAGCUGCAGGACCUAUUCUUCGAGGGCACGCUGGGCUUCUCCUUUCCUGGAGUCAGGAUCCCCGGCUUGAAAGAGUUCCUGUUGAAUGUCCGCCCUUCUCCCAAACCUGGAAUGGCAUUUGUCAACAUGUUCUGGGAAGAGCUGUUUAGCUGCAGGCUAGACACAUUUGAGGGAGCAGCUGAUGAAAACUAUAACAGUACUGCUGAAAAACCUGUAUGCACUGGUUCAGAGGAUCUGAGGUACACUGACAGCAGCUUUACUGAUGUAUCUCAGGUCAGAAUAUCCUAUAAUGUUUAUAAAGCUAUAUACGCCAUCGCCCAUGCUCUUCACACUUUAUUAAACUGUGAUUCUGCAGAACAUUACGGAAUGUGUGAGGAUCAUGAAUCAUUCACUUCUAGUCAGUUGCUGCAUCAACUGAAGACAGUGAAUUUCACCAACCAAUUUGAGGAGAAGGUUUAUUUUGACUCCAACGGAGAGCCGGUCCCUCUCUAUGACAUCAUUAACUGGCAGAAGGACAGCAAGGGGAAAAUUAGAUUUAUAAAAGUGGGAAGCUAUGAUGGUUCCGCUCCAUUGAAAGAACAAUUACAGAUAGAGCAGAGCACCAUUGUGUGGACCACAGGACAGUCACAGGUGCCUUCAUCUCUAUGUAGUCCUCCAUGCUCCCCUGGCAGCAGACAGGCCAGACGUCCAGGAGAGCCCCAAUGUUGCUUUGAUUGUUUGCCCUGUGCAGAUGGAGAGAUCAGCAACCAGACUGGUUCCACCGAGUGCACCAAAUGUGCAGAAUACUACUGGUCAGACAAAGACCAGGUGAAAUGCGUUGCUGGGGUCGAUGAAUUCCUCUCUUUCCACGACAUCAUGGGCAUCAUCCUGGUCGCACUCACACUGCUGGGCGUUGUCCUGACAACCAUCGUCACUGCUGUCUUUCAACGUUUCCGGUCCACACCGAUUGUCAAGGCCAACAACUCAGAAAUAAGUUUCCUGCUUCUCCUGUCCCUCAAGCUGUGCUUCUUGUGUUCCCUGGUGUUCAUUGGCCAGCCAUCUGUGUGGACAUGUAGGCUCCGCCAGGCAGCAUUUGGGAUUAGCUUUGUUCUCUGUCUUUCCUGCCUACUCGUUAAGACCAUAGUGGUUCUCUUGGCUUUUCGUACUAAUGUACCUGGUUCAAGGGCCCUGAAGCUGUUUGGUCCCUCUCAACAGCGGACUAUGAUCCUCUGCACUACAGCUCCUCAGAUUUGUCUCUGCGCUGGUUGUCUUUUGGGUGCACCUCCUUUCCCAUUCAAGAACUCAAACUACCAAGCCUCAACUGGAAAAAUUAUUGUGGAGUGUAAGGAGCCAUGGCCUCCUGGAUUUUAUCUGGUCCUGGGCUACAUUGGUCUACUGGCCUUCGUCUGCCUCAUCCUGGCGUUCCUUGGUCGCAAGCUACCUGAUACCUUCAAUGAGGCAAAGCUCAUCACCUUCAGCAUGCUGAUCUUCUUGGCCGUGUGGAUCUCUUUCAUCCCGGCUUAUGUCAGCUCUCCUGGGAAGUUCACUGUGGCUGUGGAAGUAUUUGCUAUAUUAGCCUCCAGUUUUGGACUGUUGCUCUGUAUUUAUUUGCCGAAAUGUUAUAUAAUAUUACUACAGCCUCAGAGAAACAUUAAGAAAGGAAUGACGGGAAAAUAUCUCACAUGA